AUGACUAUCCAAACCUGGCACCAAAAAGCCCAAACAAAACAAACCACUGCAUUAGCCAAAAUUCCUCAGGAAUGGCGUCUCCCAACCUCAAUCCAGUCUCUACUGACUUCCGACCCAAAUCUAAACUGCCUUGAAAUCCCAGAAAAAAGCGGGCUCCUCACGCCCCGUGAGCUCGAAAUCACAACCACAGAAGACGCAACCACCCUACUCGCCAAGAUCUCGAACCGAGAAUACACUUCAGUAGAAGUAACAACAGCCUUCAGCAAACGUGCAGCAAUCGCCCAACAACUCACCAACUGUCUCACGGAAACAUUCUUCGAUGAGGCUCUCACCCGCGCAAAACAAUUAGAUGAGCAUCUCGCCACGACCGGCAAGACAAUCGGCCCUCUACACGGUCUACCCAUUAGCCUGAAAGAUUCAUUCAAUGUAGCCGGGAUACCGUCCACACUGGGUUUCAUUUCCUUUCUGGAUAACCCAGUCCCAACAAGCAAUUCUGCUCUCGUCGAUAUCCUCCUUGCAGCUGGUGCAGUAAUAUACGUCAAGACUAAUAUCCCACAGACAUUAAUGACAGCCGAGUCCCAUAACAACAUCUUCGGUCGGGUAUUGAACCCCCACCGGAUCAAUCUAGCAGCCGGAGGUAGUUCUGGCGGCGAAGGUGCACUGGUUGCUCUUCGGGGAUCACUGUUAGGUGUUGGGACUGAUGUCGGCGGUUCGAUUCGUAUCCCUGCCUUUUGCUGUGGCGUUUUUGGGUUCAAACCCAGUGGAGGAAGAGUCCCUUAUGCGGGACAGACGAGUCCAGCUAGACCAGGUUUAACUGGGAUAGCGCCUGUGGCUGGGCCGCUGUGUCAUUCUGUCCGCGAUGCGGACUUGUUCUUCAAGGUUGUUGCUGAUUCGCAUCCCGAGGAUGUGGAUGAUCAGGUGCUUGGUCUUCCGUGGUCGAGUCCUAUUGAGCAGAAGCCUUCGUUAACAAUAGGACUUCUUCCUGAGGACCCGACGAGGCCGUAUCAUCCUAAUAUGCUGCGGACAAUUUCGACAGCGGUUAAGAAACUCGCCGCGGCGGGUCAUAACAUCAUCGAUCUUACGGGGAAAUGUCCCCCAGUCCACGAGGUUAGCAAUAUCGCAUUUCAAUUCUUCCAAAUGGAUCCCGAUAGAACACCCCUUGGUCACCUCGCUGCAAGCGAAGAACCCUGGGUUCCAUCUUUGAAAUAUACAUAUAACCCAAAUGCGACAGAGCCUGAGCCGACGCUGCGACAACUGUACGAUCUGAAUGUGCAGCAGGCAGAUGCUUCCGUCGCGAUUAGAAAGGUCUUCCUGGAUAAUAAGCUUGAUGUUCUUCUGGGACCGGGACAUCAGACUUGUGCGUCUGUGCAUGAUACGUUUGGGUUGCCGAUUUAUACUAUGUUGGCUAAUUUGGUUGAUUAUCCGGCUUGUGUUAUUCCCUUUGGGGCAGCUGAUGAGGCAGCUGAUGCUGAUUUCAUUCGUGAUGUUGAAUAUGUUCCUGAGUAUACCCCUAAAGAGGUCGAAGGCGCGCCAUGCCAUGUCCAGCUUAUUGGAAGACGUUUAAAGGAUGAACUAUUGAUGCAGCACACUCAGAUUAUCGAGAGUGUCCUGAAGGGUAAGUGAGUAGCAUCGAUGCUGAGGUAGAUUGCAGCACCAUUUGUCACAUGUCUGGGUCACAUGCUGAGCAUGCUUUUAGAUAGUGAGGUAGAGCUGAAGGAUGGAAGAGGGACAACUGGAG